UCACCGCACCGCCACCAAUCACUCCUUUCUCCUUCAGCUUUUCUAACAUUAUUGGAUGGAUGGAUUGAGUCUCUGAUCUGACCAAACUCCGAAUUACUACAAAAACCAACCCAAACGGUCCAAAAAAAACCUCAUAGAAACUCACAAAGUCGACGACUAAUUGUUCCACUUUGAACAUGUUGACCUAAAAAUCACAACCCUCCUCCCCUUAAUUCGUCGUUUACUUCUUCCCAAUAUCUAUCUUCUUUCUUGAAUAAAUCACACACCAUUACAAAUAAUGCAUCAUUUUUUUAAUUUUUUACUACCUUGUUUUCGUGGUCCAUUUUCCAAUGCACGCACAAACAAGAGGAUUCUGAUACCAUCUGAUUAAAGCAUCUGAUUAGGAAAGAUGGUAGUAGUAUGGUAGAAUCCACGAUCCAUUUCUACAUUUUUCAUCAUCAUUCAUCAUAUAUUACUGACAUCAGGCAUUUGUUUACUACUUUUUCCCAUUCAUCCAUCCAUCCAUCUUCACCAGUUUGAUUCCCGUGACUUUUGCCGUACAAAACCCCAUAAUAAAAUCACAUUACAUUACAUCAUCAAAAUCACACCCUCUCCCCUGGCCCCCCCUCUGUUCCCCCCAUCUCUUUAAAAAUAUAAACAGAACCAAGUAGUACUAUUACUUCACUAGUGACAUAAAAUCAGUGAGGCCAACAACAGAAAGAGGAGAGGAAAAAAAAAUGCCGAGUUCUGCUGCAUUUUUGAGGCAAAUAAGUGGUAAAGAAGCAUGGAAAUCAGCUUCCAUGAGGUGGGCUACUGAGAAUAAUCACUACAGCAACAGUGAGGGCUAUGAUUUUGACUAUGGUGGAGAUGGAGGUUUGAGUCAAAUGGAAGGGUUUAAUAGCUAUGGAUGUGAGGCAAAUGGUGGUGGAUUUGUGAUGAGGAAGAGGGUUAUGGUGGUUGUGGAUCAAACAUCACAUUCAAAGCAUGCCAUGAUGUGGGCUCUUACUCAUGUUGCUAAUAAGGGUGAUAUGCUCACUCUGCUUCACAUUAUCCCUCCCAAUCAGUGUUCUUCUGAUUCCAACUCUUCUUCUUCAGCUUCCUCUGCUUCUGCUUGCUCUCCUUACCUUGCUAGCUCUCUGGGUUCACUUUGUAAAGCUUGCAAGCCUGAGGUGGAAGUGGAAGCUCUGGUGAUUCAAGGCCCCAAACUGGCAACAGUAAUGAGCCAAGUGAAGAAGCUGGAAGUGUCGGUUUUAGUUUUGGGUCAGAAGAAGCCUCCCUCUCUUUUGCUUAAUUGCCUGUGCGGAGGAAGUAGGUUGGAAGAAUUUGUGGAAGAAUGCAUAAACACAGUGGAUUGCUUAACCAUUGGAGUGAGGAAGCAGAGCAAAGGAAUGGGUGGGUAUCUGAUUAGCACCCGAUGGCAGAAGAAUUUCUGGCUCUUGGCUUAGUGGUUAAGAAAAAUAAAAUCACUGGACUACUUUAAAAAUGUUCAAUGAGGAGGUUAUUGAACACUAUUAUUGAUUGUUAAAAAUACACAUAAGAUGGAGUCUGUAAUGUAAUGUAGAGAGAGAGGGAGAGAUGUGAUGUAAAAGUAGAUUUUAAUUUGUGUAAUAUUUUCCUUAGAUUUGGUAUGAUUUAUUCUCUUUAAUCUAACUACUAUUAUUAGAAAAUAAAAACUAACUCUUAUGAUAUUCUACCCUUAUCUUCUGUGUCUUAUAAAAAUCCUUAAAUUAAUUUGGACA